UUUUCUCUUGGCUAUGGAUGUUGUGAUUGUCCGUAGGUGGUAGACGGUCUCUGACUGUCGAACGCACAGGUACCACCUGGCGGAUCUGGUAGGCGGGGCCAGAAUGUGUGCAUGUUCCCUCUCCAGAGUCCGUGUGGCGUUCCCCCUUUCCCCUGUAUCCCCCUAUAGCCCCACGGUACCCCAUGGGUAUUUAGGCUUUAGGCCUACGUGGUAGUUGGAGUAUAAAAAAAAAGCGGAUGUGUCUUUACAUGAUUCUUCUUCAGAAGGCUCAGAAGAU